AUGCCUGCGCCUUCAGCGCUUCAUCACGAAGGAACAACAAGUCCUAUCGUCGGACAUGUAAACCUCAUGGUCGAUACCUUCAUAGCUAAUGCCAAUGCUGAAGACUUGCGCGCCAUUAUCCGAGGGACCUUGGGAGCAAGUCCACCUUCAGUGGCGUCCGCACUUACUGCAGCAGCAAGGCGCAGGAUGCUGCAAACCAAUGCUACAGCUAUGCCAUUCCCGGAUCGGCUGUUCAUAAAAGACGAGAGCGGCUCGAGCAGACCCGGUCCAGCACUAAGAGAAACACUGUCUCGCGUGUGCGCGCUCUACGGAGCAGGGCUCGGUUUCGCCAGUCUCUCAGUGCUCUCGGUGGUAGUACGAGCAACGAUGGGCUUGGAGUGGGAGGAAGGGGGAGAGCUGGAGAAUGUCCUGGCUUCCAUCGACACAGACAUCAGCCAGGCUAUCCAAAGCUCGAGAGAGGAACUGGAGAGCGGUAGGGUCAGGGAUCUGGAGACGGCACGAAAUGCUGUGAACAGAUUGCGCAGCGCAGUGAGGGACUGCCGCGAAGUUGUCAACAAGGGCAUUGGAGGGUAUCCCUUCGAGCAAGGAGCUACAGCUCUCGACUUCUGGAAGAUCUAGUCUCGGCUAAACGACGAGAUCAAUUGGCCGUACCGUACGGUUUCAGCUUUCUUUUCCAACUUGUAAACAUGUCAGUAAUCUAGGGUCGUCCAGUGCUUGAAUGAUGAAUAGAAAGUAAAAG